CCUGAUGCAAGACUUUGUUUAUAGACUCCAACAAAUCACAAAAUUGCCUGAUUACACAUCAAUUAUUCUCAAUGGAGAGAAGUAUGAAGACGAUCUGUUUCCUCCCAAAGCAUCCUCAAUCUUUUCUAAGAGGCAGAGCAAGUUUGAUGAUGAGAAGAAAAGUCAAUUUGAAGAGAGAAUUGAAUGGAAGCGUUUGCAUGAUCUUUACCCUGAAUCUGACAUGGAUCUCAUCAAAGAUAUUUCUGUCAAAGAUGUCAAGCAAGGCCAGCUUGGAGACUGUUAUUUCAUCUCAACUCUCAGAGGGCUGGUGGGAUCGCAUCCAAAUGAGAUCAAGAAGAUCUUUGUAAACAAAAGAAUCAACAAGUCUGGCAUUUACGUGCUUAGAUUCUUGAUAAAUGGGCAUCCAGAGUUCGUCACAGUUGAUGAUUACGUUCCGUACAGUAAUUAUCAUAAAACAUUGGCCUUCGCAAUGAAGGUUACUAAGAAUAUCUGGCCAAUACUUAUCGAAAAAGCUUGGGCAAAGAUCAAUGGUAGCUACGAAGAUAUUGAGAGUGGAAAUUCUGGUGAUGCUCUAAUAUCACUUGUUCCUUUUCCAAUAGAGAGAUAUAACGAAAAGGAGCUUGAAGACAAAGAGAAUACUCCGGAGAAAAUUCAUAAGGCAUGAAAUUAUAAUUAUAUCGUUACUGCUUCAUCUCGUCCUUGUGAAGGAGACCAAGAUAGAAAACUAAAAGUCGAGGAACCAUUAAGCGGAAUAGUAUCCAAUCAUUGUUAUAUCAUUUCUGGAAGCUACAAAAUCCGGGUAGGAACUCAAACAGAACACAUCCUGAAACUAUCCAAUCCUUGGGCUAGCCAAGCUUAUAAAGGAGCUUGGAGAGAUAGUGAUAAUAGAUGGACAGAAGAACUCAAAGAAACAGUCAAAUUUUAACUCAAAAUACGAUGGAGAGUUUUAUAUAAGCUAUCGUAAUUUCCUCUAUUGUUUUGAAUCUGUUACUGUUUGAAAAUUUAACCCGUAUCUUCGAGUUACUUCUCGUAAAAUGUCUCAUAAACAAGAUUCUUAUGUUCUGACAGAGCUUACUUUACGUGCCAAUACUAAUCUUACUAUUAACAUCCACCAAUAUCUGAAGAGAUUUUUCAAAUCUGAUGGUUAUAGACCUGCAAACGCUAGGGUUCUACUUGCUGAAAAAACUGGGGAUCGAAAAUCUCCCUUCAAGUAUGUCAACGGAGACUAUAAAUCUGAGCCUGAAUGUCUUAGUCUCGAAACUCCAAUUUUUAUGAGUGAUGUCUGAUCAAAAACUAGUAAUGAUCAGUUAAUUAUCAAUACUUUAAAUAAAGGAACUUACUACUUGUACAUUGAGCUUGAUUGAAAGGACUCGACUCAUAUUCAGUUUGGAUGUAAUAUAAUUGGCUCUGAAGUACUGACAAGUGAGGUACCUCACUCAGAAUUUGGCAUCUUCUUGGUAAAUACCUUGAAAGAUUAUGCUAGAACUAGGGUUACUAAAGUAAGAAUAAAUAACGAGGAACCAGGAUUUACUGCUAAGUAUUUCAAUAGAAAAGAAGCUGGUGGUUAUGCUCUUUAUUUAUUCUCAAAUGAUUCUACUAACGGUUCUACUGCCCUAGAGAUGGUUCAAUUCACCAAAUUAAAGGGAUUACAACUCAUGGAGACUAGUAUAAAAUCUGGAUACUUGGAAAUUACUCCUGUUUCAGAUUCCAAAAGUGCAUUUUCAGAGAAAUAUUUUGAAAUUAAUCCAGGAAAACAAAAGUUCCACCUUCUAAAAAUGAUAGAUCCAGGAUGUCAUUGUAAUUAUAGUUAUCAAACACGCAUCAAAUACAAUACCAAGAGUCUAGUUAGGAUGUGUUUCAAAGAUGGAAAGAAGAAGGCUAUCUCUAAUCCAUCUGCUCCUAAAGAUGUGAUGAACUACUACUAUCUCUUCCAUGACUAUGGGGUGAUCUUUAUUUUCGAAAACAAGAGUAAGACUUACACUCUUGAUGAAUAUUUCACCUUAAAGAAACUUGAUAAUUUGAGAUUAUGAUCCGAGGAUUUGAAACUUAGUAAACAAAAACCUUUCUGGAAGUUUACAGUUAAACCCCAGACUUAUAUCGUCAAGAGCCUUCAGAAGGUAAACAUUUCACUUGGAGUUUGUUUUCAGAAUACUUGCGGUCAUCAGUUUCUGAAGCCAGGAGACCAGACAAGCUCUAUAAUUGAAAGAAACUCUCCUGAACAACUAUCUGCUGAUGAAAUAGCUCAUAUUACUGCACUUAGAGGAGUGAAAUCAUCAAUAACCAAGGCAGGAUCCAAUGAAAUAUUACAAAUUUACUACAAAUACUACUAUUUUGGUUCGUUCUAUGGUUUUUUGUUUAAAAAUGAAGAUCCAAAUUAUUUCUUUAAAGGUGACUUUAAGUUCGAGCUUCAAAAUCUGAAGUUAGAAGAUCCUAGUGGAGGAUCCAAUGACACUUGGAACAUCAGACUCGGCUAUAUGCAGUCAGAAGUCAAGAAGCUAGUAAGAAUUGAUCCAAAUGAAAAAGUGAGGAUGAGUUUCAAAUACUCAUACUACACAAUAAAGGAAGACCAGUCGAGAACUUAAUAUUUUGUGUAAAAUUCUACUUGGCUCGGAAAUAGU